GCGUUCUCGGGCGGCCAUCGUGGUGAGGUCGCUGCCGUGCCCGCCGCUGUGCUGCUCCGGCGGCCGCUGCUCAGAGCUGAGUGUCGGGCUGACGGGCUGUUCAUGGCAGGAGAGGACCGGUGACCGCGCCGUGUUUCAGCCAGCCGAGCUAAACGCGCAUUGGCAGCCAGUAAACCGGCUGUCCUUCUUUUUCGUGUGUGAAGAGGCUGCUGGCCGCCAGGCUGUCCGCUCUGGAGGAGGACGGGGAGAAUAGCAUGGCCAUGACGGGAGGCAUGGCAGCGCCGCUCCCGAUGAGCAACCACACGAGAGAGAGAGUGACCGUGGCCAAACUGACCCUGGAGAACUUCUACAGCACCCUCCUCACGCAGCACGAGGAGAGGGAGACGAGACAGAAGAAACUGGAGAAGGUGAUGGAUGAGGAAGGCUUACCUGAUGAGGAGAAAAUCAUGCGGCGCUCCCAGCACGCUCGCAAGGAGACGGAGUUCCUGAGGCUGAAGCGAACUCGACUGGGGCUUGACGACUUUGAGUCGCUCAAAGUCAUCGGAAGGGGCGCCUUCGGAGAGGUGCGUCUGGUGCAGAAAAAGGACACGGGUCACAUCUAUGCCAUGAAGAUCCUGAGGAAAGCAGACAUGCUAGAGAAGGAACAGGUGGCUCAUAUCAGGGCGGAGAGGGAUAUUCUUGUGGAGGCAGAUGGAGCUUGGGUGGUGAAGAUGUUCUACAGUUUCCAGGACAAAAGGAACCUCUAUCUCAUCAUGGAGUUUCUGCCUGGAGGAGACAUGAUGACUCUGCUGAUGAAGAAGGACACCCUUUCAGAGGAGGCCACUCAGUUUUAUAUAGCAGAGACAGUCCUGGCUAUUGACUCCAUUCACCAGCUGGGCUUCAUACACCGAGACAUCAAACCCGACAACCUGCUGCUCGACUCACGGGGCCACGUCAAGCUGUCCGACUUUGGCCUGUGCACAGGCUUGAAGAAGGCCCACCGCACCGAGUUUUACAGAAACCUCACUCACAACCCCCCAAGUGACUUCUCCUUUCAGAACAUGAACUCGAAAAGGAAAGCCGAAACGUGGAAGAAGAACAGACGACAGCUGGCCUACUCCACUGUCGGCACGCCGGACUACAUCGCCCCUGAGGUCUUCAUGCAGACCGGAUACAAUAAGCUGUGUGACUGGUGGUCUCUGGGGGUCAUUAUGUAUGAAAUGCUGAUAGGCUACCCACCCUUCUGCUCCGAGACGCCGCAGGAAACGUACAGGAAAGUCAUGAACUGGCGAGAAACUCUGAUCUUCCCCCCCGAGGUCCCCAUCUCGGAGAAAGCUAAAGACCUGAUCCUCAGAUACUGCACAGAUGCGGAAAACCGGAUCGGGGCUGUGAGUGUGGAGGAGAUAAAGAGUCACCCUUUCUUUGAGUCAGUCGACUGGGAGCACAUCAGAGAGAGACCUGCUGCUAUCUCCAUCGAGAUCAAAAGCAUUGAUGACACUUCCAAUUUUGACGAUUUCCCCGAGUCUGACAUUUUACAGCCAGUGACAAACGUAACAGAGCCGGACUUCAAGUCUAAAGACUGGGUUUUCCUCAACUACACCUACAAGCGCUUUGAAGGACUGACACAGCGUGGAACCAUCCCCACCUAUACGAAGGCCGGCAAAGCCUAAACGGCCAGCGGAGGCGGGACGGAGAGGGACGAUUCGAAACGUCAGCGCUUGCCUCAGCUACACUCUCUGUUGCCAUAAGGUGCCGUCACCUCGACUUCAGAGACGUUUGCACUGCAGUUUUGCACCUGGAGGAGUCCAGACAGGUACACCUGUCAUCCUUAGUAAAAAUAAAUAAAACAAGCAGUAUAGCUACCCCACCCCCCAACCCCCCCCCCCCCCCAGCUUACACUGGUCCUACAUGCUCAGGUAAGAGGAGGCUCAUGUGUGACACCUUCUUUCAUCGUCCAAACACUGUACUGUAGACUCAACAAGAUAUGACUGAAUAAACAGGGUCAGGAACCGCAAAGCGGGACUUGCUUCAAGGGGAACUCCACCAGUUUUUCCAAAUUUCUGCUUAAUAGAACGUUUAAGAUGUAAACAGUCAUUCGGAGUGGGUUGGAGUGAACUGCUUCAUUCUAGAGUCAGAACCGUUCACAGUGGUGGUGAUGGGAACCAGACGUCCCUCUAAAAGCUCCUCACAGAAAGUUCCUACAUGAGCUGGUUCUGAAUCCACUGCCUGAUGACUGAGACGCUGUUUUGUGAAAGGGUUUUGGCUCAAGACACCAAAGAGAACCAUUUUUUCAGAUUUUGCACAUUAACCUUAAUAUAUAUAUAUAUAUUAAUUUAUUCCCACCUUGUUUAUUUUUGGCUAAGACAAAACCAUGAAUUUUUCUUUACUAUGGAAUUUGUGAUGCAAAUGGACUUGUCAACUUGUUUACCUCUAAUUAGUGAUUACACUGACUCUAGAACAUGGAACACAUUGGAGUAUUAGGGACUUAAACACUCUUAAAAGCUCUAAUGCAGCGAUCUCCAGAAGUCUGUUCACACUGUAGAACCUAUAGGACAAAAUGUUACCAAUUAGACACUAAAAAGAUGUAAAUUCAGGUGAUAUAUACAUACUCUGCAUUUUGCGUAACGAGGUCUCGAAGCGUUUGUUGUGCCAUAAGUAUGCAGCUCUUUACAAUAUUGAAGCUGCGCUAUGUAAGAUUUGGAGCCCUCUCUGGUGGAAACGUGUAAUUGCACACAGUGCAGAAGCACAUUGUGUAGCGUGAGUUGUGCUGCGGCCUCCUUCACUAAGUGGAUGAAUCUGACGGGGAUGAAAGAACUCCGUCUAAACCUGGUGAAGGAGCGUCUCUGAGGAUGUGAGUGGAUUAACUACUACUGUCGUCACAUCUUCAUCGGUAUAAAGUGGAUUCAGAGAUCAUUUGAGGCUGAAACAUCAAGCUGGGCCUUCUUUUUGAGUGGCCUCUGACUUUUAAGUGAUCGUUUCAUGCUUUACAGGGCGUACACACCAUAUUUAGCUUGUUUAUAAUCUCCUUACUCUGUAAUGACACUACUUACAGAUUUAACAACAAAUGGCUGACAGUGGCUUUUGAGACAACCAGCCGCUAUAUUGAUGAGGUGGAACUGAGACUGGACCUAAAUAAAUGUGUCGAUUUUACAUCCUGCAUCGACAUUUACACUGAUCAGCUCCACUGACCGUAUAGCCACCACCACGGACUACAGUCUGUAACUGUAGAACUACAGAGUGCAGCUAUACGGUCAGUGGAGCUGAUAAAGUGGACAGUGAGUGUAGAAACACAGAGGUGGUCAGAAUGAUACGCCUGACCGGUGUAUUUGAAUAUUUAAAAUGUGUAUUUUCACAUAACAGACAUUCAGGCAAUAAUGAAUAAAGCCUAUAGUGAAUAAAUAAUGUUCUAAUUUGAACAAUAAGACCUUUUAUUAACCCUCAAUACGUGAUUCAUGAAAUAGUGUCACCGAUGUCUGUAUCUGUGUUGUAGUCAUGGCGACGCCUGGUUCCUAUCACCACCACUGUAAAGACGUCUGAACCCGAGUUAUGCAGUAAGCUUUAAAGAUGGGUGGAAUUCCCCUUUAGGCUCUUACCUCACCUCCGCCUUAUGUGCACGUUAAAUUCAAGAUCUUUUUUUUUUUUUUAAACUUGUUUGGUAAAAGGUCAGAAAAACACUGGAUCCCUGCCCUGCAAUCAGAUUAAAGAUGUAGCAUAAAUAAGCACUAUAGUAAAGCAGCGUUUCCGCUGAGCGGCUCGUGACGAGUUCCGCUCAUCAUAUUUAUUGUACAGCAAGUGAACAACACUGUAACGUUUUCCCUGAAUACCUUAGAUAACCUGGUAACGCAUUACUCUGUAUUGCCAUCACUGACGCGCGCGUAUCUGCAUGCAGGUGUUUUGCUGUUAGUGAAAAAGCUUGAUUUAUUCAGCCAUAAACGCAGUCUUUGAUUCUGAUUUCGAUGUCGGGCGUGUCCCAAUAAACACGUUUUAGCCAUGCGAUGUUUAUUUUUAUUUAGUUUUUUAUGUUUUUUGUCUGUCUUGUACCUGAAAACAUGAGAUGUGCAUAUUUUUUUGCCUCCUUCUAAGAAUCUUGUGUUAUUAUAUUCGUGAUUGUCCGCACUGAGGCGAGGUUCUGUCGUUGAAAGGUUCCGACGCAUGUUCCAGCCUCUGCUCUGCUCCUGUAUAUUUAUGAAGAUAUUUAGUGACUAAAUACGUCGUCGUGCAAAACUACUGCCCACUGACCCCUCAGCCUGUACUGGAACAGGGACAAACGGCCUAAUGUACUGCAGCAGAUAUUAGAACUGACGUGUCUUUAAUGUGGUUGUUCAUUGUGCUGGUGGACGUGUUCUUCAUUGUCCUGAUCGCUCUAGAACGUGGUCAUUUACUGUGUAUGGAUUGAUGGCAGUGUGUAAAGGAAAAGAGACGAAUGCUGUUCAGCACAUUAAAGAAAGUCGUAACUACUGGAA